AUGUACAUUAAGGUACUUCUACAGGAUGUAUGGCGAUCCAAUAUCGGAUGGGACGAAGAUAUCAAAGAUGCGGAGCUAGAAAAGUGGCUGAAAUGGAUUCGAUACCUGCCUGAAAUCGUGAAACUCAAAAUUCCGAGAUGCUAUAUCGUCAAUAAUCCUGAUUCGAGUUCCGAAAUUCAGUUGCACGUAUUCGUGGAUGCAAGCGAAAAUGGUUUCGCCGCUGUUGCAUACCUGAGAAUCGCAAAUGACGAUAAUAUAAACUGUGUCCUGAUUGGUGCCAAAACGAGAGUAGCUCCAUUAAAAAGCUUAUCGAUCCCAAGGCUUGAGCUUCAGGCGGCAGUCCUCGGCGUAAGAUUUGCGAAAGUCAUUACAAAAUCACACACGAUCCGUAUUUCCCAGUGUACUUUCUGGUCGGAUUCAAAAAAUGUUCUAAGCUGGAUUCAAUCUGAUCACCGCAGAUACAAACCUUUCGUUGCCUAUCGUGUAAGCGAAAUACUGGACUUCUCAGAAAUAUCCGAUUGGAAAUGGAUUUCCACUAAGUUAAAUGUUGCUGAUGAAGGAACGAAGUGGCAGAAAGUUCCCGAGUUUAAGGCGUCCAAUCGGUGGUUUACGGGUCCAGAAUUUUUGAAAACUAGCCCGAAUCUUUGGCCAAAUGAAAUACCCCCUGAGAAGGCCACAGUUGAGGAGUUAAAAACAUGUUUUGUCAACCUACAUACGCUGAAUAAAGAAGAAAAUUUUCGAAUCAGUGAUACCUCAAGUUGGAGACGGCUAAUUAGGACUGCAGCAUACUUUUUUCGCUUCAUCCACAACACUAGCAUUAAGAGACAUCAAAGGAAGUCAGGUAUUCUUCAUCAGCAGAGAAAGGGAUAUCUCAGACAAGAAGAACUUCGAUCUGCCGAAGCUGAGUUAUUUCGUGAAGCCCAGACUAGUGAGUAUUGGGAUGAAAUGGUGGACUUAUCCUCCAAAAAAUCCGUUGAAAAGAGCAGCAUACUCUACAACCUGUGUCCAUACCUAGACGCAGAUAAGGUUAUUCGAGCGAAUAGCAGGAUACCUUCCUCUGCUGAUGUCAGCGAAGACGUUAAGAAACCCAUAAUUCUCCCAAGAAAUCAUCCCAUCACCGCGCUAAUCAUCACCGAUCUUCACGUCCGUUUCAACCAUCGAAACCACGAAACCGUUAUAAACGAACUGCGCCAAAAAUUUCACAUCGCUCAUAUGAGAUCUGCAUUAAGACUUGUAAGAAAAAACUGCCAAGAUUGCAAAAAUACCAGAGCCAAACCGCAACCUCCUAUGAUGGCUCAACUCCCACCAGCACGAAUUGCUCCAUUCUGUCGACCCUUCUCAUUCGUCGGAGUCGACUACUUUGGUCCUAUGAAUGUGAGUAUUCUUCGAAGAACCGAGAAACGAUGGGGAGUAUUGUUGACAUGUCUGACAACCAGAGCAAUUCAUCUUGAGAUCGCACACUCAUUAUCGGCAGAUUCGUGCAUUUUGGCUCUCAGAAAUUUUAUGGCAAGGCGUGGCGUUCCCAUCGAGAUCUUCAGCGACAACGGAACAAAUUUCCAUGGUGCUGAGCGAGAACUAAGAGAGGCGCUUAAAGAAGUCAACACUGAAAAACUAAUGGAGACGUUCACGACAACCGAUACCAAAUGGACCUUCAUUCCACCGGGGUCACCACAUAUGGGGGGCAGCUGGGAAAGGCUAGUGAGGUCAGUAAAAACCUCCCUCUACGACAUAGUGCCAACUAGAAAUCCUUCGGAUGAGUUGUUACGGAGCAUGCUUAUAGAGGUAGAAAACAUAGUAAAUUCCCGUCCACUUACCUAUAUUCCCAUCGACGACGAAAGCGAAGAAGCGUUAACUCCCAAUCACUUUCUUUUGGGGUCUUCAAAUGGCAGCAAACCACCCGCAGUAUUCGACAGUGACACUAAAUUACUUAAAAGAAACUGGCUUAUAUCGCAACAGUACGCAGAACGCUUCUGGCAACGCUGGGUAAGGGAGUAUCUUCCGACAAUUACCCGCCGAACCAAGUGGUUUACUUCAGUGAAGCCUAUUGAAAAGGGUGAUAUUGUCCUGAUUGUCGAUCCAAUGAGCCCAAGAAACUGCUGGCCCAAAGGUCGUGUAAUCCAAACUGCGAUUUCUAAAGACGGCCAAGUUCGAAGCGCCUUUGUGCAAACACAAAGUGGAGUUUAUGAAAAGCCAGCAGUGAAAUUAGCUGUUCUAGAUAUCAGAGCUGAGAAAGAUGUUAGCCCACGGUCGGAACUACCAAGGGGGAGUGUUAACAACCCUGUGGCAAACGCAGUAUGA